UCGUCUUGUUCGACGCUAUUCUCCGGCAUGUCGUACGCGCCGGCGUCUUCCGUCGGACAGACAUGGGUGCGGCGAAUGAAUGCAGCCCACCACCGCCGGUUCCCAGCCGGGUCGCUGUCGCCUGCCGGAUCCCGACCUCGAUCCCCAGCAUACGACAACGCGUCCGCGCCAGCCACUGGGACAUGAGUCCGGCCUUGUGCUCUGCAUAUUGCUGCCACACUCACUUCCCUUAGCUCCUCAGACCAAUGUCACCCGCAGUACCAGAACGCGCCAGACGGGCGUCACGCGUGACGCCCCUGAGUCGUCCAAGACAGCCCGCAAGGCUAUCAAUCAUUGCCAUCGGCGAUCUGCGGGCUCGAGGUGAAGCGUCACACGUAUUGCGUUGCGCUGGUGACUCGGACGCAUGGCGGCAUACUGUAGGCGCGGGAGCGCUCCACUUGCCUUGUUCGUGGUCCUGUGUCUCCUGCCGUGUCUGCACGCCAUAUCGUUCAGCACGACGAUGCCCGAUCCGGACGACGCGUUCAGCCGUGCGGGGCGUCCAUGCAGCCAUGAGGUCUUGGCUGCCAGACGUGGUCGACAUUAGACGACGGCGCAGACGGACGUCAGUGGCCAGUGGCCAGUGGCACACUCUUCCGGAUGUCCAAUACUCUGGAGUCUCAUAUGUCCUUUGUCUGCACGUCUACAGAUUGGGAGCGGCAGUGCGCAGCCUACGUCGAGCGUGGAGGUGGAGCCGCACGAAUGACGCCGCGCGGCGCGUCGCGAUACUGUACGAGUACAGGCCAGACUAAUGUAGGGGACCUGGUGCCUAUGUCGCGUCGCUCCCCGCUCCCGCAUAGGGCGAUGUACUCUGCCUGCACUCGCACUCGCAAGCUGCGAGCUGCAAAGGCAGAUGUCCGUCGGAAUACCAUGUGCACGUUUGUGGAGUGCAGAUGGAAGGUCUAACGCUCCACGCGCUGUCACCUCGAACCCCUCAAUUGCUCAACUGUGAAUCUACAGUAGCAAACAUCACCACCCGCCACAUGGCACUGUCGUCACCAUCCCAUCCGACG